AUGGAAAAAAUUGGCGCACACUCAAUGGUCACGGACGAUAGUAAACAAGAUGAAUGUCUUCAACAAUUAUCAGAUAUUAUCAAUGAUGUAUAUAGAAAAAUAUUUAGUAAAAAUCCAGUGACAAGUGAUUCGCUUAAAGAUUUGGUAUCAAUUGAAAAUCAUCUAGAAGAAUUAUUUCAACAAAUUGAUCUCAUGAAUUCAUAA